UACCUGCAACGAAAUGGGAUCACAAACAUUACAAGAGAGAACUUCACUUUCAGUACUAAGGUCAAUGUUGGAGAGUUCUUAGAACUGGGGCCAGCAGUGGAUCAACAUUGCUACAACCUGGUUAGUGAGCAAGAUGUGGUAGCUAGGAUAGAAGAAGUGAGGGCCCAGAAAGGCUGUUUAGGGAUACAGGUUCGACAAAGUCUACAGAAGAAAGAAACCCAGCAACACUGGGAACGUUUUAAGUUACCACAUAGACUGGACCAGAAAGUAGAAAAAUUAUGUCAUCAAAAGGAAUACGAAAAGUUUGUCAAGAAACGAGAAAACUUUCAACAACUCAAUCAAUUGUACCUUGAGAGGGAAAUGAAAGAUGGACAUUUUAUUGAGGAUCAUAGACAUCGAAACAAGGAAUUAAACAGACAGUGCAGGGAAGAAGCUGAACAUAAGGCCAAGGAGAAGGAGAUGAGAAGACAACAAGCUGCUAUACUGAGAGAGCAGGAAUUGCAGAAACAAAGAGAAAUGAUCGUGAUGAUUGGUUUGGAGAGAGAGCGGAGAAGACAACACAUGCUACUAGUACGAGCGUUAGAUUUUCACAAGAGACAUGAGGAGAGACAAAGAAAACAAGAAGAACUACUACAAGAAAAACAAUUGUACAAAGAAAAAAGACAGGAGGAGAGAAAAAUAGAGUUACAACUGAUAAGGGAAAUGAAGAAACCAGUAGAUGACAUGGUGUUGAAAGACAGUGCACAUCUACCUAAACUGAAGAGAAUUCCUGGAGUAAAAGUGGCCGGAAAAGCAUUUGCCAACAUUCUCAUGUUGGUUGAAUUCCUACACAACUUUGGUGAUACACUUGGUUUUG